AUGUUUCCGGUACACAAGAAAGGCAACAAUCGUGACAUUAAUAACUACCGUGGUAUCACUUCUUUAAAUGCAGUUUCCAAAUUAUUCGAGCUGGUGAUUUUGGAGCCACUUGAGGCCCAUUGCAAACCAUUUCUCAGCAACGACCAACACAGCCUUACACCCGGGCGAUCGACAGCAACUAACUUGCUCUGCUUGACAUCCUAUAUAACCGAUUGUAUGGUUCAACGUGCACAGACUGAUGUGAUCUACACGGACCUGGCCGCUGCAUUCGAUAAAGUGAACCACGAUAUUGCGAUUGCAAAAAUAAAGAAGUUCGGCAUUAACGGUAUACCUCAAGGUAGUCACUUGGGUCCGUUCCUGUUCCUACUGUACUUCAACGAUGUGCAUCGAGCUUUGAAGGCUUCACGACUAUCAUUUGCAGACGACCUGAAGAUUGUCGCUUUCUCCAGCAACAGCUUGAAGUGUUCGCUGAUUGGUGCAGGCUCAACCCAAUGA